UCUUUCUCCAUCCUUUCAAUAAUCAACUAAACUCACUGUGAAACAAAGUGAAAGUAACUUUCAAUGAGUUUUGUUUUCACUUUUCUACUUGCCGUCUUUCCUUGAACAAGUUUGUGUCGCAUUUAGUUGUUAUGUUUGUCCUUGAUUAUGUUCCUAUGAGACUUUUGGACCGGUUUUUCUUUCUGGGUUUACUGACCGGAACUCCGUUUUAUUUUACUAUUACAAACAGCUUUUAGCAACAAUAUAAAUCUAAAUAAAAAACGUGAAAUGAAGACGUCGGCGGCUUGGUGUUUCAAUGGGAUAAUUUUGUGCAUCGGGGUUUCAUUGAGAGCAACAGGGUCGUCUCAGAUUCAACUUGUUGGUUCUGCUGACCCAGUCGUUGCCUUGGCCGGUGACGAUGUCGUACUACCGUGCUACCUGAAACCCAACGUCAGCGCUGUGGACAUGAUGGUGGAGUGGACAAGAUCUGACCUGAAAACUGAAAGGGUCCAUCUUUACCGUGAAGGUCGAGACUCCAACGGUCACCAGCUUACAUCCUACAGGGGAAGGACAUCACUGUUUAAAGAAGAACUGAAGAACGGCAAUGUCUCCUUAAAACUGACCAGAGUUACUCUCUCUGAUGCUGGACACUACAAGUGCUUCAUUCCAACACUGAUGAAGGAAACAACCAUUCCACUCAUAGUUGGUGCUGUAUCUCAGCCAGUGAUCUCUAUUAAUGGAACCAAAGACUGGGGGGUGGUCCUGAAGUGUGUCUCUGGAGGCUGGUAUCCACAGCCUGAGCUUGAGUUGUUGGACAGUCAUGGAAACAUCGUCUCUGCUACCGAACCCACUGAGACAAGCGACUCGUCAGAGACCGAGAUUCACCCUGAGGGUCGCUACACCGUGAGACAAUACGUCACCGUCCAGAAGACUGACGAUAACAGGUUCACCUGUAGAGUCGUACAGCUGCAGAUCAACCAGACGCGGGAGACUCAGAUUCAUGUCCCAGACGAUAUGUUUCCUAGCGUGUGGUGGAUUGUGGGUAUAGUAGCAGGAGCUGUAGUGGCCUUUGCAGCUUUUGCUGUUCUGCUCUACUUUUGCAGAAAACAACGUAAUAAACUCAAGAAAGAAGCAAAAAAAAAUCGAGAUCUUCAGACUAAGCUGGAUGAAGAGGAGAACAUUAGACAGCAUGUAGAGAAGAAGGUUGUCGGGUUUUUGGAUGCUCGUAGGCCGAAGCUCGUUGACAAUGUCACCAAGGUGAUGCCCAUAGCAGAUGCCCUGAAGUCCAUGAUCCAAGAACAGCGUUAUCGUAACAUCUCGGCCGCUGAAACCAACGUGGAGAAGAUGAAUCUUCUAUUCGCGGUCGUAGAUUCAGGCGGCGAAGAGGUGAAAUCAGCUUUUUACAAGAGUCUAAUGAAAGAAGAGCCUGAUUUAGUCCUCGACAUGCUGAAAGCAGAACCUGAUCGAGUCAUAAACCUACUGGGUGAAGAACUGGGUAUAUAUCCAAAUACAGAUGUGGUUGAUCACCCUGGGAAAGCUGAAGAAGAAGUCCUCUCCGGGAUCGCUUGUCAACACAGAACGCAGAGGAAUAUCUCCCAAAAUGAGUCUGGGAGAGACAGAGUUGAAAUGAUGGAGAUGCAACCCUUACUGGGUCCUGGAUCAGAGACAGUAGGGGCAGCGGGGAAUGUAGAGAUGGAGACAGACAGUAGGGGCAGCGGGGAAUGUAGAGACGGAGACAGACAGACAGUAGGGGCAGCGGGGAAUGUAGAGAUGGAGACAGACAGACAGUAGGGGCAGUGGGGAAUGUAGAGAUGGAGACAGACAGUAGAGGCAGUGGGGAAUGUAGAGAUGGAG